GAAAUUGUAAUAUAUAUGUGUUACCUGACUAUUUCUAUUUUCGUAUUCUCGCCGUCAUCGUGAGAAUUAUUCAUUCAUUGUUGUCUUCGAUCUGUUCAAUCAAAUCUAAUUUGAAAUGAAAUCUUUUCUAUUGUUUUGGAAUGUGAUUUUGAUACCUAGUUGAAUUUUUAUGUUUAUCUAAUCUCUAAUAUACAUUUGAUUGCAAUAAUAUCACGCCAAUGGAAUUUACGAACAUUGCCGUAAUGUAACGAGCUGUCGAUUCAACAAAGCGUAACAGUGAACGGCGAAGAUAAUUUAUUGUUAUUUAUUUCAUCUAAUUACUUUGGUAUUUGUACACUUCCGAAUGUGAUACGGUGCUCGCUAUGGAGGAUUAUAAGUUUCUCUUCAAAGUGGUGUUGGUAGGUAAUGCGGGGGUGGGCAAGACAUGUCUUGUACGACGGUUUACCCAAGGUCUAUUCCCACCGGGGCAGGGCGCCACAAUAGGCGUCGACUUCAUGAUAAAGACCGUCGAAGUAGACGGCGAGAAAGUGAAGUUGCAAAUAUGGGACACUGCUGGCCAGGAACGGUUCAGAUCAAUAACACAGAGUUAUUACAGAUCGGCGCAUGCACUUAUUUUGGUCUAUGACAUAUCUUGCCAGCCCACCUUCGAUUGUCUGCCAGACUGGCUGCGAGAGAUAGAAGAGUAUGCUAAUAAUAAGGUUCUUAGGAUAUUAGUUGGUAACAAAACAGACAGAGAGGACAGGGAGAUACCGAGGCACAUCGGCGAGGAUUUCGCCCAGCGGCACGGCAUGUACUUCCUGGAAACGUCGGCGAAAGAGGCCGAGAAUGUGGAGCGGCUAUUCAUGGAGAUAGCUGUGGAACUGAUGGAGCAAGCGAAAUGCAAGGAGUUACCGAAGUACGACGGCAGUUUAGGACCGAUCAAUGGGAAGACCACGUCAGUGGGCGACACCUCCUGUUGUCUCCGCUCGUAAACCAAACGAAUUUAUCUCAUUGCUAUUUAUAACGUUUACGCCCUUAAUCAUAAAAAUGCAAACAAAUAAUCUUUUUUAAUUAUUGUUGUGUAAUUUUUUUUAAAUUAGGAAUUUAGCUCCAAAGAAAAAGAUGAUCGAGUGUUUAUUAAUAACGAGAUUAAAAUCAUUAUUAGCAUUUUUUUUUAAUAUCAAAAAGAAAUUUUCUCAUUUUGGUUGUAUUUUUUUAUGUAUGUAUAUCACGUAUUGUAAACACAAAAAAAAAGCACUAAAAUCCGCCAAUGAAUAUUUACUUCGACAGAAAGAGAUAACUAUAAUCUAUGUAUCUAUCUAUUCUAUUUAAAAGCUGCACUCUUGUCAGUGGAGCCUAUACUAUACCUAACUAUAAUUAAAAUAUGUUUAUUAAAUAUUUGACUUUUUAUGACUGAGGGAGUUAACGUGUGUUUCUGUAACUUUGUCAUCAAAUGUAGGGCGUAUUGAUGCAAUAUGCUUUUGUGAUAUAAACAGAAAUGGUAUUGCCACAGACAAAGAAUAAAAGAACUUAUUCUAUGAGUAACGUUUUAGUUCGCUAGCUGAGAACUUUUUAAAUAAUCAGAAAUAAAGCUAAGAUUAUGAAAGCUCUUGAUGAUGAACUAGUCUUGGUAGGCCGUGCAUUAGCGGUCAUUAUCAUGAUAUAUUUCACAUAUAGUUUGUUUUAAUUUCAUAUGGAAGUCUUCAGGGAACGUGUGACGCUUUGCGUACAGCACACGAUUCUAUAUCUUAUAUAUUUGACACUUUAAUACUCUAUGAGGGUAUAUUAUACAUUAAAAUUAAUAGGAAUGUUCAAUACACGAAAAAGAUGACAUAUUAUGUUUUAACUUUAAUAUAUAAACAUCUUGUGGAAUGAUGUUCAUUCAUGCUAAUUUCUGGGAUCGUUCAACUGUUUUUAAUUUUUUUUUAAAUAUGUAUUGUUUACUCCAACUUGAGAGUAUGAUAGUAUUCAUUCCAGUGAGAGAAGGGGACCUGGUAUGUGACAGUAGAGAUCAAAAUAACUUUUACCUGGUCAGCUUGAAUCGUAUAUGAUAAAUCGGGCCAGACUUGCCUAUCUGUAAAUACUUGGAUGUUAGUUAAAUUAUUGACUUGGACAAAUUGUAAGUCCAUGGUUCUGUCUACAAUGUUAUGUGCUGUCAUACAAAACGAAAAGCUAGGCUUGUAUAUAUUACAUUGACACAAAUAAUUAGUAAAUUAAAUAACUACAAAUUGGGGAGUUCAGAUAGAAAUUAGAAAGAUAUUAAUUUUUUAUUAUUUAUUUACUCGGAAAUAUUUUAUAUAUUUUUAAGUCGCAAUGCCUCUUCGUUGGCCUUAUGGUCCCGGCAUAGAGUAGGCCACCCCUUCCUUUUUCCUGGGUAUCGUAAGAGACGUUUAAGGAAGGGCGAGGGAUGGGCAGCAGCGUCCCUCUUUAAACAUCUCUAAAGCCUAACUGCGGUUGAGCGUGGCAAUUACUGUCAAAACCCCCCAAGGGGGUAGCUUAUGUUCAGCAUUGAACAGUUAAAAGCUGAUUUUUUGAUGAUAAUGUUGAAUGCCUCUUCAUCCUUUCAUUUGUCGACCCCUUCACACUCAUUAUAGGCCUCUCUUUCACUUAUCAUACUUAACCUCAUUCUCUUACUUAUUUAGAAAUUUUCAUUCCCUACAUAUAUGUAUUUAUUAUAUUAUUUUAAUGAGGCAAGCCUAGUUUUUCGACUUGUAUAGCAGUACCGCCAUUGGCAUAUUAAUUCGCUGCUAAUGUAUUUAUAAUUAUGGGCAAAAGAUGUGAUAGACAUGUAAGGAAAUGCUUAGACAACGAACUCAGUUCGUUGACUACUCAACCGCUGUGAAUAUAAAACAGUGUACUUGUUGAUUUUAGCUGUAAGCGCUUUUUUACUAUUUACAAUUUUUGUAUUUUUUUUUUUGCAGUGUAAAUAUUUUUUUAUAUUUUUUAAUUGUUACUUAUAAUUAUAUUACAAUAGUGACGUAUUUGUUCUGGAAUAUAAUGUUUAAAUUGUUGCCAAUAUAAGAGCAUUUAUAACGAGAAUAAGUAUAUAUUUCUCUAAAUUAUUAUUAUAUUCAAUUAUAUCAAUAUAUUUGAAUUUAAUAAUAAUGUAAGAAAAACUGAACUAUGUGUGGUACAAUCUCUUAUUCCACGUCAAGGUAUAGAGGGAUAAAAUUGUGUGAAAGGCGAUUUAUUAAUUGGGACUAGUGAUAGUUGUUUAAUGUUCAUCAUUACUGGUGAUGACGAUGGCUAAUUCUUGAGGAAUUCAUCACUAUGCGCCAAUUCAUACGAAUCCAUCCUCACCUAUUGUCCCUCACUGGUAUCGCGCCAAAGUAAAUCAAUUACAAGUCCAUUAAAAAAAAUUGCAUUAUAAAACAAAGGGUUCUAUGGCUUUUGGUUUUUUUUUAUUUCAACAUGGGUUUGAUCUCAUCACAUCUAAUAUUAAGGAGUGUAAGUUAUCUAUCCAAUGUGGUUUUGUUAUAUAGCCACAUAGUAUUUCAUCUCUGUGUAUAUAUAAUGUACUUAGUUGUACUAAUUAAUACCUCUAAAGCACCAAUAAGCACUAUGAAUUUUUCGAAAAAAUAAUAUUUAUCUCUCGUCGUAAAUGCUCUCGGUUGUCUAUUGAGAUUUUAUCUGUGAUUGAUUUCAUUUAAAAGGGUUGUCUCCUGGGUUGCCAUGUUGAACGACAAUGACAUCCUUACAGAAACACGAUUUACUAGAAUUGUAUUUCGUAGUCUCGAGGUCAUUCCACUCGCUUUAAAUGCUUAGUGUUGUAACAGUGUCACGAAUGUAUUAAUAUAGUCGCACACAGCUCAGAUAAUGCCAGAUACAUGUAUCUCAUCAGAUACCCAGAUAUACGAGUAUCUGAUAACAUGACUUAGAAUUCAGGUACAUAAUGUGAAAAUAUUGUAUUUAUGCAAUAUUUUAAAUGCAGCCCAUAGAAAAACUGUUAACGUGACUCAGGUACAUGAGUAUCUGAUGAUAUGACUUAGAAUUUAGAUACAUAAUGCGAAAAUAUUGUAUUUAUACAAGAUUUUAGGUGCAGUCCAAAGAAAACUGUUAACUUGCCUGUAUCUGAUAUUAAGUUUAUAUGUAUCUCGUGUGUGGGAACUGCAGAUACAAUAAUGUUUAAUUGCUCAGAUACAGAUAGUAUUUGUGCUGUGUGUGACGACCAUUUAUUGUGAUUAUAAAAAUCAUAUAUAUAGUUACAUUUAGAGUCAAUUCGCUUUAGAGUAGUGAUAGUGUUUGGAAUCAUAUUUUUGCAUAUCAAUACCAAUUGUACAGUGUUAUUGAGACCAAUAUAGAUUUACUUGCUUAAAUAUGUAAGUAUAAUAAUGCAGAUCUAUCGUAACACUUAUACUGGGAUAUGGGCGAAGUGUGAGGGGCACCAUGGACAUUGCAUCAUGAUCCUAGAUAUCAAUAAUUUUUUUUUUUUUAAAUUUGAACACACAAAUUUCUGUUUAGAAAAAUAUAUAAUGUACAUAAAAUAGUACAUCAAUUUAGUUGUAAUAUCAAAAUGCUUCUAAAAAAGUUAAUUUAAUUAGAAUAUUGUGUUGUUCAUGGUAUUGUUAUGGGUAUAGGUGAUGUGUAUUAUUGCUUAUCAGGUGUGCAGUGUGUUUGUCAUUCCCAGUAGGAUAAAAGAAUAUUAGGGGAAGGUCCUUUGAGCUCUGCAUGCUAAUAUGCAACCUAUGCAGAAUAUCAAAUGUUGUGUAUAUAUUUACAAUAUUUCAAUAUGUAGAUUGUAGAAAUAAAAGUAAACAAAUUGAGUAUGAGAUUCUGGGUUCGAUUUGCAGGUAAAUUACUUUGAAAUUAUUCAAUCACAAUCAUCAAUCGAUCAAUCACCAAUCAUGAUGUAGUUAUAUUUAUGAUAUACCUGAAAAUGAAUCAGUGUAAAUAAGUUGUUUAAAAUUAAUAUUUAUCUUAUUUUUUUAAUUUAUUAAUGAAACAUUUGCAAUGUAUGGCUGCAGAAUACAGGUUAAAAGUUCAGCUAUUCAAUGUUAUAAUUGCUGUACUAGAACCCUCAAUUACAUCAUUCAACGGAUAUAUCUAUUUAGAUCAAUACGUUCCACAUUGUUAUGUAAUUGUUUGGGGCAUGCCAAAGAUGUUGGACCACUGGUUGUUCUUAUUCUUUACACUGUGGCUAUUCAAUCUAUAUUUAAAACUCAGAGCUCCUUUCCCUAUUUCCUUUGGACUUGUGAAUAUUCAUUUUUGACACUGUAACAACAAUGUUGUUUUAAACGGGGUCGAUUUUAAAGCGCCAUCUAUCUCUAAAACUAAAAUUAUAGCGAUACAAACGCCAUCUACCUUUAAAACUAUAUUAUAGAAUACAUAAUGAUUAUGUUGGAUUUGAAGCUGGGGCGAUGGGGUAUGCCCCGAGGCCCCUACCUCACCCGCCUUACCAACUGGCGAGUCAAGACAAGGCCUGAUUAAAUAAUUAAUUAUGAUUGUUAGGGAUCAAUAUGAAUUUAAUUUAUAAUAAAACUACUUAAAAUUAAGUUUUUGAUGCUCCAUAUUGUAAUAGUUUUGGAAACAUUUUUUUUUAUUUUAGGGAUAGCUUUGGUACUUCCGAAUUGACCCCAAUAUUAGUGUUUUGUUAUUAGGUACUAAUUCUUUAGCGUACAUUAGACGCCUCGUGGAAUGGUUAACUAGACAAUGUGUAUAGAAUGUAAUAUUGCUGAAAUACUAUUUUGUAGUUAUGUAUAAUAUACAGGUUAAUUAUUAAUUAUAUUAUUAAAUAAUAUCUGACGAAUAACACCUGAGUCCUCAGGAAUGGCAACACAUGGGGGGUAUCAUGGGCGAAACAGUAUACUCUGUUAUGUCCAUGGUACUGCUAAUGUCUAUAGGCGACGGUUACCACUUUCCAUCAGGUGGCCCGUCUCAGCUUGUUGUAUAAAAAAGAAAAAAAAAUAGUAAAAAUAGAAAUUUAUUGAUCCAUUUCUCUGGUGCUGUGUUGACCAAGUUGCUGUGUGUAAAUGAGGUCCUGAUUGUGAAGAUGUUAUGAUUUUCGAUCGCGCCAAUUUUGGAUUUCUUUUUAAUUGGCUCGGUUAUUUUUUAAUAUUACAUGGUUGCCUAGGUCGAAAACUGGGCAAUUUCAUCUGUUUAUGUGGAAAAAUAAAUAAUUUUUGUUAUAAAUAAUGACAGUAUAUUAUCUUUAUAAUUAUUUAUUUCUCUACCCAAGUUGACGAGUUGUAAGAUUGUCUAUGGAAUUUUUUUGUAUUAUUAUGGUAAAUAUUAUUUUUUUUAAUUGUACAGUAUUGCUUUUUUUAUUAUAACUUGUUGCUUCUAAACAAAUCAUAUAUUUACACAUAUAAAUAGGAAGAGGUGUUUCCGGUUUGUAUGUGUGAAUGUAUGAUUAUAACAUACGCAGGUGAUAUAGGUAGUUGGAUUUACUACAAGUAUUAUUUCAUAAGUAUUUAAUUGAAAAGUUUAUAAACCUGUGACACAAAGAACAAUUCAAGAUAUUUUUAUUAGAUAUAAAUAAUCUUGAUUAAACCAGUGUUCAAAUAAAAAAAGAAAAACCUUUAUUAAAUAGUCAAUUUAUGAGCUACAAUUACGCAAACAAAUCCUUUGAAUUUUUAUGAGUUAAGGGUUAAAAAUAGGCAUGUUCUACUGCAUUAUAGUAUUUCAGCAAAUUGUUAAAUUUAAGUUAGUGUUAACUUUGUAUUUAUUGUCGUUUUUAGGUGUCUAUUUUUGGGAAUUAAUAUUUGUUUUUUUUUUACUUAACAUCACUUUAACUAUUAUUAAUAGCACUUUGUUGUGAGAUUGUUUUUUGUAUUCUUUUUUUAAAAGUUAAAAUAAUGGAUGUUGAAAUUAUGUGAAAUUAUUACACAUUGAUGUAUGAUAAGGAACUAGAUAAAUAAUCAUGUGUAAGUGUCCGAUACAAAACUGCUCUAUGGUUAAGGUAGAGUUUAUCUAUUACUAAUUUCGAAUUUUAAAUCUGUAUAACAUAAUGUACAUUUUACAGUAAAAAUUAUGAAUCGGUAAAAACUGGUUUUUAUUGAAAAUAAACAGUUAAAAAUAUUUUUUGUAUUUUUAACUUUUUUUGCAAUAAAAAUCUGUUAAGAAAACUAUAAAAACUGUAAUGGACUUUUUAAAUGAUUAAACGACUUGAAACAAGCAUACUAUUUUUACUUGUGAGAAUAAAAGUUGGAACAACUUUGUCUUUGCCCUGCAAGUGGUAAUAGAUAGCUCGACUGUUUAUUUUUUUUCUUAUUUUGUUUCUUUUUCAAAUGUUAUCGAUUGUAUAUCUAGUUUCUUUACUACAUCUAUAGCAAUUUAUCUGUUUACGAUAGUGAUCAUACUGAGUGUCCUGUUGAAGUUCCUAUCGGCACCUCCGUGAAAAAACAUGGACCGCCAGUAUGAUACUAAAGGUUUGAAGGCUAAAAAAAGCUGUAUAUCGUUGUAAUAAGAUUGACAAUGUAUAUUUUGUUAUAUCAUUAAAUUUAUAAUACAGUGGAUUUGUAAUGGACCCACCGUUUUACACAGCAGGGUAAUGCAAGACGACAGCAAGAUAUUUCUAUCUGCGAUAUUAGUUAUGUAUAGAUAUGGAAUUGACAUGAGGCGAGAUGCUAGCACUUAUCUUCAAAAAUGGAAGUUUUUUAAUUUUUUUGGAGGUAAAAAGUAAGUGGCUCUCGUUCACCUUACCCUCUCUCUUUAAAUAUGCCUAUCAUAUCCGUAUAUUUUUUUAUGGGUGUAAAUAGUACGGUAGUCCCGCCUGCGCUAACGGGAUACGCUGGCGAAGCACCAGUGAAGGGUGAUAAAUGAGAAUGAAAAUAGGCUAGUUAGCCCAUCAUGAUGAAUUCAUCAGGAAUUAACCAUGAUAGUUUUCAGAGGGAAUCGCGAGGAGGUCGACCUGAUUGGGUAUAUUGCUAGCAAUGGGAUUCUCAGUCUCCAUUACUAACAAUUCCUUUCCCCCCUUCAAUGGUGCUAUUACCCCCACCAUAUCCGUAUUAGAUGAAUAAAGUAAUUUUAAUCAGCCUUUCUAGCUUAUGUCAAUUCCAUAUUUCUAGACUUGGUACUAGGUACUUUAUCCAUGGAUAAUUAUAAUUGUUACAUCAUUAUGUAUCUAUGAUUUAGUGUUACGCUUUUAAUGUUUUCUUUCUCUUUUUAGAAAAUAUUGAUAACGUACUUAAGUGUCUAUCGAACGCAAAUCUAGUUUAUGCAUCUUGCACCAGUACCAUACCAAUGUGCUCAGAAUGUAAUUUUGUUGUCAUGAUUUGAAGGUAAUGAGUGAUAGCCAUGUCUGUUAUGUUAAACCAAUCUAGACCGUAUUGUUAACGGAAUAAGAAUUAAUCUUGUUUAUAUUUGGACAUUACGUGCCUCACGGCAUCAUUGCAUUGGAUCUGAAAAUACAUUCCUACUUAAUGUUUUCUGAUAAUGAAUUAAUUCUCACCAAAGAAACGGAAUUAUUGUAAUACUCGCAUAAAUAAAUGAUCACUUUCGAUACAAA